UGGAAGCACAUUUAACGGCAGUGUUAUGGCGACGCACGGAGGCAGUUUUGAAAGUGUUAACAGCAUCGAAGUCCGAAAAGAAUACAAACGUAAAGCCAGGGAGGAGGUUAUUCAGAAGGCUAAGCAGCAGUAUGAGAAGGAGGAGAAAAGGAAGGAGCUGAAGAGACAGCGAGGAGAGGACACCUGGAUGCUCCCUGAAGUUGACCUCCGACUGCAGCAGCUAGAACAGGAGGUUUCAGGCAAGAAGAAGAAAGAGAAAAAGGCCAAGAAGAUUAAGAAGAAGAGGAAGAAGGAGAAGAAGAGAGCUGAAGGAGGAGAUGGGUCCAGCUCAGAGGGGACAGGAAAUGAGUGGGUUGAGGCCCAGCCCCAGACAGAGGCCUCGGGUAAAGCCUGGAAGAUUCCUACCAAGUCCGAGGCCAAGCCCACAGACAACAGCCCUACCCCACCCGAGAACAACCAGAGAGAUGAGUGGAUGACCUUUGACUUCUUGACAAUGAGAACAACGUCAACAGCAGAGAAGAGGGCUGAGAAAGAAAGUUUGAAAGAGGAAGAGAAACAGAAGGCCUGGGUCAUCGAGCAGGCUGGUCUGCACAAGCUGGAGUUGAACCCGUUCUGGAAGGACGGGGGGAGUGGCCUGCCCCCAGAAGAGAAGGCCAGUAAUGUGCUUGUAAAAGCUGCAACUGUAGAUGAUGGAGGACUAGGUUGGCUCAGGAAGUCUUACCAGAGGAUGAGAGAGCAGGCAGAGCGAGAGCAACGCAGUCUGGAGGUCAUAGUGGCAGAGCGAUAUGGGUCUAUGGAGAAGUUUCAGAAGAGGAUGUAUGAGGCUGAGAUUGCUGUGUAUGGCUACAAGAGAGGAGAGGGGGAAGGGAGAGGAGAGGAAGAGGGGAGAGACCGACAAAGAUGGAGGAGAGGACAGGAAGAUGGAAUGUGGAGGAAAGGAAAAGUGGGGAUGGAUAGAGAGAGGUGGAAGAGACCAGACAAGGGUAGGGACUUACCUGGAGAGAAAGAGAGGGAUGGAGAAAGAGAUAGUGAAAGAGAUGGAGAGAGGGAAAGAGAUCGUCACCGAGACAGAGAUCGGGAUAGGAACAGAGCUAGAGAUGGAGACAGUGAGCGGGAUGGCGGUAGACCUAGUGACAGGGAUAGAGAGAGGGCUGGAGGUAGACCUAGUGACCGGGAUAGAGAGAGGGCUGUAGGGAGAGAGAGGGAUGGAGGUAGACCUAGUGACCAGGAAAGAGAGAGAGCUGGAGGCAGAGGGAGGGAUGGAGGUAGACCUAGUGACAGGGAUAGAGGGAGGGAUGGCGGCAGAGAGAGGGACAGACCCAGAGAGAGGGGUGGGGAUGAGAGCCUUGUCUCUGGGCUUGGCCAGAUUCAGCCUCCCCUGUCCCUCGGAGCUCUGAAAAGUCGCUUCCUCAAGCCUGCCGACGACGAUGAUGAUGGAGUGUCAGCCCCUGCUCCGGCCCGAGCUUCCAUGGGUUUCCUGAAACCUGGGUCUGACAUUGAGGAGUUGGGUCGGAAGAGCAGCUGUCCAGCCUGGAGCAAGAGCAGCUCCGGACAGAGAUCUGCUUCAGGAAAAUGGGAGCAGGAUAAAGAGAGGGAGUCUGGGAAAACCAUGUCCACUCCUGACCAGGGUCAUAGCAGCAACAGGCUUGCAGUGACAUCAUCCAGAUCUGACAGCAGUAGUGACAGUUUGAGUGAGGAGGAGGAAGAGGUACCGAUCCUCACAGAUGAAGAGAUGAACAAAUUGGGGGCCAGGCUGGUGAAGGCAGAGAUUAUGGGUAACACGGCUCUGAUGGAGAAACUGAAGACCCAGCUGGAAUCAGCCCGUAAUGCCAAGGAGAAUCGUGCCGCACAGCAACCUGGGAAAUCGGACAGGGCUCCAGGUCAAACAGAGGAGGACCAGGAAGUACUUCUCUUCAGAACAGACCAAUCGGGUCGCGCCUGGCCGGUCAAUGCCUCUUCGGAACCCCAGGAGCCCGGAGGAAGACGUAGGAAAAAGAAGGCGAUUGAGACCCACAGGGAUGGGGAGCGUAUGAGAUACUUCCAGGAUGAUGACAGUGUGGGUCUUCAUGAGAUGGUCCGCAGGGAGAAGAUGAGCUCUGCAGAGGACCAGAACUCCCUCUACGCACGCAUGGCUGGCAAGAUGAUGGGGAAGACAGACGAUGACAACUACACCCUGGAUGACAUGUUUGUUUCCAGCGUGGCUCAGAGAGAGGGCGAGGGGCGGGACGAGGAGAGGAUGAGGAGCAGAGCCAUAGCGGAGCACAGGCGACUGGCCGUUACCAUGGAGAAAUGCCAUCACUGCUUCAGCAACCCCGAGCUCCAGAAACACCUGCUCAUCGCCAUAGGAACCAAGGUGUAUCUGAGCCUGCCUGGGGGUGUGUCUCUGACAGAGGGUCACUGUCUGAUCACUCCACUGCAACACCACUGCUCUGCCACUGGAUUGGAUGAGGACGUGUGGACCGAGAUCCAGGUGUUCCGCAGGGCACUGGUGCAGAUGUUUGAGUCUCAGGAUCAGGACUGUGUGUUUAUGGAGACCCACAUGAACCCAAAGAGACGCCAGCACAUGGUCCUGGAGUGUAUCCCUCUACCCAGAGAACUGGGAGACAUGGCUCCUAUCUACUUUAAGAAAGCCAUCAUGGAAUGUGAUGAGGAGUGGGCAAUGAAUAAGAAGGUAGUGGAUCUCUCCUCCAAAGACAUCCGCCACGCUGUGCCGCGGGGUCUGCCAUAUUUCUCAGUAGACUUUGGUCUUCAGGGGGGCUUUGCUCACGUCAUUGAAAACGAACACAAGUUCCCCCACUACUUUGGCAAGGAGAUUGUUGGGGGGAUGUUGGACGUGGAGCCGAGGAUAUGGAGGAAGUCCAUCAGAGAGAACUUUGACGACCAGCGGAAGAAAGUCCUUGAGUUCUCCCAGUGGUGGAAACCCUUCGACUGCACCAAGACGGACAGCUGAACCAACCAACCAACACAUCUCAAUAAACCCCUAGCCCCUGAAAAUAUACAGUAGAUGUAACUGCAAGCCAUAUGGCGUUAGCCCCUUGUCUUCUGAGACUAUGACUGUGUGCUUUAUAAUCCUCUGAUCCUGUCAACACAUUGUUUUACUCUGAGAUUAUUCUGAUUAAAUACGGGCAGAAGGCCAUAAAAUAACUAACUGUUGUGUAUGUUGGGAUACGUUGUUUUACUAUCUUAAAAAUAAAUGAAUAUGAUGCUU